GAGCACGGGAUUUGAGAGGGCACGGGCUUUCAUUCAGCACUUCGAGGUUAAAAGAUGGCCACUCCGGAUGUACGGCUCAAUCAUACAAUCUACAUCAACAAUUUGAAUGAGAAAAUCAAGAAAGAUGAGUUGAAAAAGUCGUUGUACGCCAUCUUCUCACAGUUUGGACAGAUUUUGGACAUCUUGGUUGCACGUAAUCUGAAGAUGAAGGGUCAGGCCUUUGUUAUUUUCAAAGAGGUUAACAGUGCUUCCAAUGCUCUGAGAUCCAUGCAGGGAUUUCCUUUCUACGACAAACCCAUGCGUAUACAGUAUGCCAAGAUCGACUCAGACAUCAUAGCUAAAAUGAAGGGGACUUUUGUGGAGCGUGAUCGUAAAAAGGAGAGGAUCAAGAAGGUCAAAGGAGCUGAAGCAGCAGCAGCUAAGAAGGGUUUACCAGGAGCUGCGGUGCCCAUGGUUGCUGGCGUACCCACUGCCAUGCCUGGAAUGCCUCCCAUGAGCCAGGCUCCCCGUAUGAUGCACAUGCCGGGCCAGCCGCCUUAUAUGCCGCCUCCUGGCAUGAUGCCUCCUCCGGGGAUGGUGCCUGGUCAGAUGCCCCCUGGUAGCAUGCCUCCUGGACAGAUGAUGCCUGGACAGAUGCCUGGACAAAUGCCCCAACAGGUUGCAGAAAAUCCUCCCAAUCACAUCCUCUUCCUCACCAACCUGCCAGAGGAGACGAACGAACUCAUGCUCUCCAUGCUCUUCAACCAGUUCCCCGGGUUCAAGGAGGUUCGUCUGGUCCCUGGUCGUCACGACAUCGCCUUUGUGGAGUUUGAGAACGAGGUGCAGGCCGGCGCUGCACGAGAUGCACUACAAGGCUUUAAGAUCACACAAGCGAACGCCAUGAAGAUCUCAUUCGCUAAGAAAUAACUUCUUUCCAGUCCGGUGUUUUUUCUUACACGCAGGUAUUUUUAGAAAUGUACAGCAGUGACCCAAACUAUGAAACGUUUUUAGAAAUUGACGCUCGAGAGUGCAGUUCAGGCGGUGUUUUUUCUUUUUUCCCCCUUCGUUCAGGAUUACAUGUAAGUAUGUAAGUAUACAUCCUUUGCAUCAAGUUGAUAUGUAUUAUCGUACCACACUUGCAGAACUCUUGACUUACAACAACGGUCAGGUAAAUGUAUGGAGGAGUUCUUCAUCCUAUUGAUCAGUAUCAAUGCUGGUUUACUUUUUUUUUUUUUUUUUUUUCAUCGAGCAACUUGAUGUGUCGUCUGUAUUUUGUUGUCAUAAAGCAUUGCACCCAGGGUCUGGUUUACCAGACAUUGUACCUGGAGCUUUUCUGUUUUUAUAAUUAAAAUAAAUUUCCUUUGAGACG